CUACUAACUGCCAUCGUUGCUCUGCUAGUUGAGCAAUCUCGCAGCACCUGCUGGUGCUGCAUCGAGGAUUUCCUGAUCAAUCAUCAAUGGCGUGAUGCCUGCGUGUACCCAAACUGAUCAACCUAUCUAUUUCGAACUUGUUCAGCCUGUCGAGGUCAGUAGCUAUAAAAUGCACGAAAUGGAUUGUAUUGUCGCGUCCAGGUCCUGGGUUAACAGUCAAUACUACUCUAAGCGUUUCAUACCUAUUUUGCCAUAGAUCACCAUGUCGACCUCCACGCUCUUCUCCCCCAUCCGUAUAGGCAACAUUAACUUGCAGCAUCGGGUUGUCCUUGCCCCACUUACCCGUUUACGUGCACACGCAGAUCAUGUCCCGACUCCACAAGCACCGGCGUAUUACGCUCAGAGAGGAUCUACCCCCGGCACUCUUCUCAUUGCAGAGGGUACAAUCAUAUCUCAGGGUGCUAGUGGUUAUGAUAACGUCCCUGGAAUAUACACCGAUGCCCAUGUGGAGGCAUGGAAAAAGGUGACAGAAGCAGUCCACGAGAACGGCUCUUUCAUUUUCCUACAGCUUUGGGCGGCCGGCCGCGCCGCAGACACAGCUGUUCUCGUCAAGGAGAACAACAGUCCCCUUGUCGGUCCCUCACCCAUCCCCCUCUCAGGACAAACAGACGUGCCACGUGCACUCACAACGGAUGAAAUUGAGGAGUACGUUGCCACGUACGCCAAUGCCGCAAAAAAUGCCAUUCGAGCUGGCUUCGAUGGGGUUGAAAUCCAUGGUGCAAAUGGGUUCUUGAUCGACCAGUUCAUACAAGACGUUAGCAACCAACGUACAGAUGAAUAUGGGGGAAGUAUCGAGAAUCGCGCAAGGUUUGCGCUCGAAGUAACAGAUGCGGUUGUGGAGGCCGUUGGUGCUGAGAGGACAGGGUUUCGAAUCAGCCCAUGGGGCGUAUUUAACAGUAUGGGAAUGGAAGACCCCAAACCCCAGUUCUCCUACGUGGUCGAGCAACUCCGCAGACACAAACUUGCGUAUAUCCAUGUUGUGGAGCCAAUGCCUGCCGAAGUUACCGCUGAAAAUAAUAGUGAUUACCUCCGUGACAUCUGGCAAGGGGUUGAAGGCAGCACUUUCAUCAGCACAAACGGGUUUACGCGGAAUAGCGCAAUGGAGACGGUAGACAAGAAAGGCGGCCUGAUUGGAUUUGGGAGGUUAUUUAUGCCAAACCCCGAUCUUCCGUUCCGCCUGCUAAAGAAUAUCGGACUUGAGCGGGGUGACCAGGCAACAUGGUACAUGAAAGGUAAUCUUACACCGACUGGUUAUUCGGAUUGGCCCUUUGCGCCGGAGAAUGUUCAGCAGCGCAGCAAAUUCUGACAUGGUCAGCGAUAUACCUUAGAACAGAUAUUAUCUUGCUGUAUACACGUGCCCGAUAUCAUGAUCAAGCUUUCAUGACUUGAUCGGGAAUCGUAUCUUGUGCCAAGAGGCACCGAGAGGAUCAUGGGAACAAGUUUGUGAGUGGACUUCCCCGACAGUCGCGCAACUCGAGGCACCUGAAGGCGCCGUACCCGGAUCACUGCGAUAAGCAAUGGAGCGGUGUGGACAGCAUUUUUGUUAUCGCAGCGGAGAAUUCAUGAUAUGAUGUUAUUAGAGUGUAUCAUAGGAUUUGGAGGGAGUGUUUAUUCACCUACCACGAUCUGCAAUUAUUGAUAUCGAGCAUGGUAUAUCAGACUGAAUUUUUUUUAUGUAAACGCUGCUGUGCUAUCUUUGUCACUGAAAUUUAUCCGACGCCCG